AUGGCUAGGAAUGGCCCUUUUGUAAGCAAUACUAGAAUUUCGGACUUUUUUCUCGGAAGCACAUCGACAUAUACACCUUCGGUCAAGGCGCCGCCCGUUAAAGUGAACAUGAGCCACAACCAUGGAGGGAUGAGCAUGGGAGGGACGACUGGAGGUUUCCAGAGUGUCAACAAGGGCCUGGCAGAGACAUACUGGUAUUUGGUCGCCGGCUUCGUUGGGGCGUUGAUCCUGAUCAGGGUCGCGAACCAUGUCGACCUCAGCACCAGGUUAAGGGAUUGUUCCAAAAAGUCCAGGCGGUUUCCAACAAAGCCCAGCAAUCGAAUAUCCCAAGCAUGGGCAACUGCAACGGCUAUCGGCCGCGAGAUGAGUUAUCCGCAACUCUAUGUCUCCGGCCGAUUCUUUUCGUGGGCGACGCCGCCGCCGCUCGGCCGUCUCCUUAUUCUUGUCGUUUAUUGGGCCGUCAUCAUCUACAUGUCGGUAUCUGAUGCCAUCGUCAAGGACGCCUACUUUUGGGAGCGCAUCGGCUUCCGCAACGCCUGGGUGACAGUCAUGCAGGUACCGCUAUUGUACCUCCUCGCCACCAAGGCGAGCCUGCUCGGAGGAAUGAUCGGGUCCAGCCACGAACGACUGAACUGGCUGCAUCGCUGGGUUGCCCGCACCAUGCUGGUUACAGGGGCCAUUCAUGGCUUUCACUUCUACAGCCAGUGGGUUAUAUUCGACUUUGUCCAGGAUGAGCUGGAUAUGAUGCCCAUGGUCAAAUAUGGCUUCGGCGCGUGGGCAAUCCUCGCUUGGUCUGUCCUGACUUCCUUCUCGCCGCUGCGCCAUGCCUGGUACGAACUGUUUGUGGUUCAGCAUAUUCUCGCCGCCAUCGCAUUCAUCGUCGUGCUGUUCUACCAUGUGCCUGCCAUCGCGCAAUGGUACCUGUGGUUCGCCGUGGCUGCCAUCUGUUCUGACCGGUUCGCCCGCGGCGUCCUGCUCGUAUGGCAGAACAUCAAGUUCAAGCCAAAUUCAUCCAAGUGCAAGGGUGGCCAGCGCAUUGGUCACCAGGCGCAGUUGCGUGCCGUCGGUGACUCGAUAACCGUGGUCACCAUAAAAGACGUCCACUUCAGAUGGGCUGCAGGGCAGCACCUGUAUCUUUGGAUGCCUCGAGUCGGGCCUAUCGAGGCGCACCCGUACACAAUUGCAUCAGCGCAUCAGCUGCCAGACACAUGCAUCUGCAACAGCAUCCAGCUGGUCGUGCGGAAACACAAGGGCUUCUCAAAGCGACUCCACCGGCAUGCGGCGAGGUCACAGUCCCAAGGCAGGAGCACGAAGUGCACCGUGUUUGUAUCAGGACCUUUCGGACAGCCUCCGAGGUGGGAUGUCUACGAGACCUUGAUCCUGAUCUCGGCCUCGACUGGAGCCUCAUUUACGCUUCCGAUUCUGGAGAGCGUUCUCAGUACCAAAAAGACUGUGUGUAUCAAGAGGGUCGAUUUCUUGCUCGCGGCUAAAUUCCAAGAUGAGAUCGACUACUAUGUGCAGCUGCUGCAAGAGUUUUGUGACCGAGCCAAGGGUUCUGGAAUAGAGCUGAGAGUGCAAAUUGCAAUAACAAAGGGCGAGCCAAUAGCAGAAGAUCCUCUGCGGAACGUCGAGGGCGAGGGCCAUACGCUCUCCGCAUCAAACGAUCCAAGACCGGGCAACGAGAAGGCAACUUCUGUUGAUAUCGAAUGCGCUGCAGACACGCAGCAGCGUCACCGAAUAUCAGGAGCCAGCGGCAACAGCAGGGAUGACUGCCGAAUACACAGAACAUACAACAGGCCAGACAUCGCAGAAUUUAUUCGCGAUCCAGUCGAGGCUACGGGCGGCGAGACGUCGGUGGUGGUUUGCGGAGGCAAGUCACUGGUCGCCACAACACGGAACUGCGUCGCGCGUCUUUCGGAUGAAAGGGCGGUGCACAAAGGGACAGGGGCGCAAGGCAUUCAUCUACAUGUGGAGGAAUACUCAUUUUAA